AUGGGGGUGUGUCAAACAUUUUAUUCUGACACGCCAGGGCAGGACUGUCUCCCGAAGGAGCUUUGGGAGAAGCAGUGGGAUCUGAUGGGCGGGCAAGUGAUGCAUUUUUUGAGAGAGUUUGAGCAAACGAGGUUGCUGCCUAAGGAGUUCUCAACGGCAGUGACGGUGUUGCUCCAUAAGAAGGGGGCGAAGGAUGACCUCCAAAACUACCGCCCGAUCACGCUGCUCAGCACGGCAUACAAAGUCAUCGCGAAAAUCCUGGCGAACAGGAUAAAGCGCAAGCUGGAUAAAGUGGUAUUGGAGGGGCAAUUUGGUUUCCUACCUGGCAGGAGUCUGGCAGGCGCGGUGGCGAUAGCAGCUGACGUGAUUGACGCCGCGAAUUCCGGCCAGGAGGACUGGCUCAUGCUUCUCGUCGACUUCAGGAAAGCCUUCGACUCGGUGGGGCGUGACUACAUGUUCGACGUGUUGCGGAAGAUGGGCUUCCCGGAGGUUUAUGUGAAAUGGGUGGAAGGGCUCCACUAUGGGGCGGCGACCCGCAUCUGCAAUGACGGAUGGCUUGGAGAGGAGGUGUCGGUGCAGACUGGGGUGAGGCAGGGCUGUCCCCUCGCGCCGUAUCUCUUCCUUUGCGCGGUGGAGCCGUUCUGUCAGGAAGCACGGAGGAGAUGGUUAGGGAUUGAGGUCAAGGGUGCGGGUAAGCUCACGUACCUGGGGUACGCUGAUGAUUCAACUCUCCUUCUGAAGGAUCGGUCGCAGCUGAAUGACGCAGAGAAGCUGCUGAGGGAUUUCGAGUGUCAGUCCGGGCUGGCGGUGAACUGGGACAAGUCAGUGGUAUUACCACUUGGGAGACAGCGGGAUUUGCCGCCGCGUGAUGGGUCGUUCAAGUGGGCGUCGCGUGAUGACCCUGAGCGCCUGUUGGGGGUCUGUGUCACAGGAUCGAAUUUCCACUCGAGAAUGUUGCACUAA